UGCUUGACAUGGCAAGGAACUGUGGAGCUGGUGAUAAAUGUCUUGUUUGUUUGCAGCUGAUGUUUGUAGCCUCUCCAGGAGCUGGUAUCGGGGACAUUGCCAUUGAUGACGUGAGUGUUGUGGGAGGGGAGUGUGAAGUCCAGGGACUGUGCUCCUUCGAGGCGAACACUUGCCAGUACACAUCACCCGGAAUGCUGAGCUGGAACCGCCUCAUUGGCAACAUGUCCAAUCGGCCAGUCACUGACCACACAACAGAGACCGCUGAGGGACACUUCAUGUUGGCCGAUACCAGCGCUGGCAACCUUCAGAGCAGCGAGGCACUGCUCCUGGCUUCACCCGUCCAGGAGCCCAUGGAAGCUGGUGGCUGUCUUCAGUUCUGGUUCCAGAUGAACGGUGACCAUCCAGGGACUCUGAAUGUCUAUGUGGAGGAAGAGACACGGAGGAAGCUGAAGGUGUGGAGCAUGAGUAUAGGCCAGGACCUGACAUGGAGCUUGAGCAGUGUCAAGAUUCACACAGCACACAAGUGGAAGUUAAUCUUCGAGGCGAUUGGAGGAGGAGCCACUGAGUCACACAUUGCCAUCGAUGAUGUCAUGCUAAGUCACACAGACUGUCCUCAAAUUGGAGCCUGUGACUUUGAACAGGACCUGUGUAAUUGGAAGAAUGUUCUGGACCCCAAUCUAGACACCAUGGACUGGAACUGGAGCAACGGGCAAACCCCCAGCUCCUUCAUGGGGCCUGAGGUGGACAACACAAUGAAGAGCCCACAAGGUGAGUGACAAUGGAAGAUCAGG